AUGGACAUAGUACAUGGAUCACCGGACAUCAUGAGCAUCACACCUCUAAUCUCAAAUGGACAGAAUGGCUCAGGCACUGCAGCAGCAACAACAGGACAUCUCCUCUCUAACCCAGCAAGUAGCACAACUCACCUCACUGCUGCUGUCUCAACACAGUCACGCUGCCACCCCAGAUCCACACUCAGCUCCCCGUUCUGCCAGUCCCCGCCGGGCCAAGCUGCCAGGGAGCUUAUGACUAUUCGCCAGGGGGCUCGUCGUGUCUUGGACUACUCCUUAGACUUCCGGGUCCCUGCGACGGAGGCCGGCUGGGAGGACUACUUGGCCAUCUACAUAGACGGGCAGCAGUCGGCCCCCCGGACCCGCGUCACGGCAACCCUACCUGUCGAAGCCCGGGUUCCUCUCCACAUAGGGGACUCCCACACCUGCACCUCCCGAAGAGCGGAUGAACCCAUGGACUUGGGAUGUGCCUGUCUAGACCCUGAGGAAUGGACUCGGGCUAUUGACGGCCAGCUGCUGACCCACAUCACCCAUCGGACUCCACCUCUCUGCCUCACCAUCGCCGGCAACCAGCAGGAAGACAUCCAGUUCAACGUCUUCUCCGUUCUUGACACACCACUGGUGUUGGGUCACUCCUGGCUGGUCCAACACAACCCCAACGUGGACUGGACAACCGGCACCAUCACCCAGUGCAGCCCAGACUGUGCAUUGACCUGUCUCCUCGCUGGACAACCUACCACCUCUUCACCUGCUACACCACCAGAGCCAUUGGACUUGUCCUCUAUUCCUCCGGACUACCAUGACUUGCAACAGGGCGUGGCAGUCUUCACCAAGCUGGACCUCAGGAGUGCCUACCAUCUCGUACACAUCUGGGAGGGUGAUGAGCGGAAGACUGCCUUCAAGACCCCGCUUGGGCACUUUGAGUAUCUGGUGAUGCCUUUUGGCCUCACCAAUGCUCCAGUGGUUUUCCGGGGGUUGAUUGACAUUCUCCAUGAUUUCCUUGAGAGCGGGAGAGUGGAGCUGCAGAGGGAGCGCUGCCUCUACCACAAUACCAAGCUGGACAGUGGACUGGACUCUGUGUCCUUGUUGCUGGACCACGCCUGCAACCGGAAACAGUUCCCCUGCUACACUCAGCAGAUUCUCACUGAACAUUGCAAUGAAGUAUGGUUCUGCAAGUUCUCCAACAAUGGCACAAAGCUGGCAACUGGGUCCAAAGAUACCACGGUCAUUGUGUGGCACGUCGACACGGAAACCCAGCAGCUGAAGUUAAUGAAGACUCUGGAGGGUCAUGCUUACGGUGUUUCAUACAUGGCAUGGAGCCCUGAUGAUGCCUAUCUGAUAGCCUGUGGUCCUGAUGACUGCUCUGAGCUGUGGCUGUGGAAUGUACAGACGGGAGAGUUACGAACGAAGAUGAGUCAGUCUCAUGAGGAUAGCUUGACCAGUGUUGCCUGGAAUCCAGAUGGCAAACGCUUUGUCACUGGCGGCCAGAGGGGCCAGUUCUACCAGUGUGACUUAGAUGGAAACCUGCUGGACUCAUGGGAAGGAGUUCGGGUGCAGUGCCUGUGGUGUCUGAGUGACAGCAGGACUGUACUUGCAUCUGACACUCACCAACGCAUCCGAGGAUACAACUUUGAGGACCUGACGGACAGAAACAUAGUCCAGGAGGACCAUCCCAUCAUGUCUUUCACUGUUUCCAGAAAUGGAAGGUUAGCUCUGCUCAAUGUUGCUACUCAGGGAGUGCACCUAUGGGACCUGCAGGACCGGGUGCUGGUGAGGAAGUACCAAGGGGUCACCCAGGGCUUCUAUACCAUCCACUCCUGCUUUGGAGGACACAAUGAAGACUUCAUUGCUAGUGGUAGUGAAGACCACAAAGUUUACAUCUGGCACCGGCGCAGUGAGCUGCCCAUAGCAGAGCUGACUGGUCACACCCGUACAGUCAACUGUGUGAGCUGGAACCCCGUCCUGCCCGGACUGCUGGCCAGUGCCUCCGAUGACGGCACCAUCCGAAUCUGGGGACCUGCCCCCUUCCUGGAUGUCCAGGAUGCAGAAGGGCUAAAUGAAUGUUGCAGCAUGGACAGCUGAUGAUCUGCCACUGCUGUAAACCUGAGGAGUGUUAAGACUCAGUGGAAGCUUGAAUGGAUGAAGCAGGAAAAGCUUUGGUGAUUGGAUAGCAGUUUCCUGGAGGCGGGGCUCACGGUGCUGCAAGUUAGGCUGUCACAACACAGAUUUCAGAUUCAGUCACAGCACUGAGCGCAGCACUAGCUGGGUGAGGCUGGGCUGCAGGACCUCCUGCAUCUGACCCAUAUCCUCUUCUUGUCUGGACCCACUCCCUCAGCACAACCCAGGACCAUAUGCCUCCUCUUAUUUAUUACCAACUACUUUAUUUAUUCAUGAGUAGUAUGCUAGUGUUUUUUUUUUUUUGGCAUAUAACCAGAGAAAAAAAGAGUAGUAAAUGAUGAGCAUGUCCCAUAGGAUUCGUCAGGAUGACGUGUGAUUUCUGACUUGUGUUUACACUCACUCUGUGUCCUGCUAUAGCUGUUAAAAUAUGUUGAGUGGUCAACUGCCUUGUGAGAGUAUACAUCAGCUGACAUGUGGAACCUUAUAAGGAUUAUCUAUACCAACCUUACCUCUGCAUAAGGGUUUUCAGAGUGUAGUUUUCUUCAUGAUGUCAGUGUGGAUUUGCUCUUUAUUUUGCUGUUACAUCUUUGCUCUGGUUUCACUAUUUGAUCUUUAUUUCCGUUUUUGUUGUCCAGUUAUUUGGAAUGGUUUAGUUGUUACAUAUUCAAAGCUUCAGUUUGUUUUUUAUUUACUAAAAGUGGAAAGGUAACAUUCAAAGAAACACUGUAAUCAGUGGAGCCCGCAAAAUUCCAGCUCAGCUGUCAACUGCUCAAAAGAUAAGGUUGGUGUUAUCCUCUGUUUGACAUCGUUACCGAUUCCAUGAAAAAAACAGUGUUUCUAAAAACAUU